CGUGGCAAUACAAUGCUACACUUGACGAAGAAGCAACAUGUCAGCACAACAUUUUCAAUAAGAGCUUACGUGUAGCAUUCAUCUUUCAUGGAGGAAGGAGUUGCUUUCUGUCAAUGUCUCUGGACAUUACUGCCACAGCCUGACAUCUCUUUGGCCGUGUGAAACCCCCUUGUGCUGUCUUUGGAUGCCUGUGUCAGUGCCAGUCUAGCAGAGCCGGUCAGCUCUUACAUAAAGAUGGAGUUCCCGGGGCACAGCCAGCAGCUCUUGGCCAGCCUGCGCUCCCAGCAGCAGCAAGGCUUCCUGUGCGACUGCCUCGUCCAGGUGGGUUCCUCGCGCUUCCAGGCCCAUCGUGCUGUCCUAGCCUCCUGCUCGCCGUUCUUCCACAUGUUCUACUCCGAACACCCGCUCGGGAACAGCGGCGGUGGCAACGGCCCUGGCCCACACAGGGACGCAUUGUCACCCUCCUCAACGACGACCGUCACCAUCAAUGGGCAGAUCGUCACCCCGGCCGCCUUCGGGCUGCUACUGGACUUUAUGUACGAGGGGGUGCUGAGGCUGGUGGGAGGUGUCCAGCCGCCCCCUGAGGACGUGCUGGCGGCCGCCAGCUUCCUGCACAUGAACGACGUGGUGCAGGUGUGCAAGAAGAGGCUGCAGGGUCGCGGCCUGGCGGAGGCCGACAGCACCAGGGCUGAGGAGGGGACCGCGGACGUGGAGGAGGUUGAGGUGGCCUCGGUCUCCGGUGGCCACAGGGACAGGGAGAGGGACAGGACGCUUUCCUCCAGCAGGACCUCCAGAGGUGGCAGUAUGGGGAGUGGUGUGGGCAGCACUGGAGGUGUUGGGGUGCGUGGCGAUGAGGGGCUUGGGGGAUCCGCGGGCAUAAAGGUGGUAGCGGUGAGCAUGCCUGGCCAGUCAUCAUCAUCAUCAUCGUCGUCAUCGGUGAGGUCACCAUUCCACCAGCGCGGCCAGUUUCCCUCUGUGAAGGUAAACGUUCGGACCACAAUGUCCGAGGUUCGCAGCAUUCGAGACGACGGCAGCAGUGGAGCUGGGAGUCCGGAUUUAGCCGACACCACCCAGCCAGGCAUGGACUCUGGGUUCCCCGGACCAGGAGACUUGUUUUCCAGCCCAGGUUCAGGCUCAGGCAGAAGGAAGGCCCAGGCAGCAGAGACAGCCAGUCAUCACGACUCUGCCCUCUCCAGUCCCUGCAGCACCACAGAGAUGUACUGCGGAAGCAACAACAGCAGCAGCAGCUUGGCGUCCUCAUCACUAGCACUGCAGUCAUCACACCAGCAACUCAGCAACGCAGAGAACCAACCCAGCAGUGGGCCUGCGGUGGUCGUUGUAGCCUCAGAUGCGAACCAUCAUGGUGAAAGACUCAGCAGCCCCAGGCGAGACAGCAGACACUCGGAAAACAGUUUGGAGUCAAUGCGCGCCUUAAGUCAGGUGUCGCAACGGAUGUCUGGGCCCCACCCCCAUCACCACAAUGCAACCCAGAGCCCAGGCACAGUUGCUGGGGGGAACCGUGGGCAGCAGGCUGGACUUGAGGCAGGGCUGAGGCAGGGCUCUGGGAGAGUGGGCAUCCGUCUUCCGUCUGAGGAGAGGCAGAGAGUAGAGGAGGACGACGAGGUGAAGGUGAAGGUGGAAGCGAUUGUGAUUUCAGACGAGGAGCUGGAGGAGGCAGAGGCGGAGGAGGGGGGAGAAGGACGAGGAAGAGGCCUGGUGGAGGAGGGCAGACGGGGGGAGAGGAGGGGAGCUGCCGCAACAGCAGCCCUGGAGAUCAGCAGGGAGGUUGUGCACUUUGACGACAGCAACGCAGACGUGGAGGACCUGGCCGGGGCACACUUCAUGGUCUCCAAUCACGGCCUGUCGCACCUGUCCGAGCACCAGGAGCCUCUGUCCUUUCCCGUGUCUCCGCUGCAGGGACACGCCGCCUCCUCCUCGGACCCUGUUGCCAGCUUCCCCGGCUCCCUCUUCCACCACCAGCACCAGCACCAGCACCACGCCGGAUCGCACCACCCGUCGGACCAGCCAGGCGGAGGCGGCACGGGCGCAGGGGUGUUCUUUGAGGACUUCCAAGACUCGCUGGUGAACUACGUGGAGGACGUGCCCACCUGCGGCACGUGCGGCAAGACCUUCUCCUGCGCGUACACGCUGCGGCGCCACGCCAUCGUGCACACGCGCGAGCGGCCCUACGAGUGCCGCUACUGCUACCGCAGCUACACGCAGUCGGGGGACCUGUACCGGCACAUCCGCAAGGCCCACGACCAGGACCUGCCGGCCAAGCGGCACCGGCUGGAAGGAGACGACACGUCUCAGCCGCCGCCACCGCCUCCGAUAUAGGAGGACUUUUUAUUUAAUUUGUUAUAGUUGACUAGCUGAUUUGAAUUCCUGGAUGAAUGAAUACUUUGCAUUCUGGACCCUGAGAUUUUUGAUAAUUUCAAAAUGGUCCUGUUUUAGGUCCUGCAUGCUGUGCAAAUCUAUGCAGAGCACAUGUGCACUACAGAAUCACUGUGCAUUCUGGUUAGAAAGUUCUAAGUAGUAUGCAUUGUAAUUUUGCAGAGAGCAUGCAAGCUGCACAGAUUCUCACAGCCCGUGCAAUCACGAGCCAGCUUAAGGACACUGGUACAACAUAAUCAGCUAUUUCAAGUCCAUGACUGAAAUUCAAACGAUUGCACAGCUAUCAGUGAUGGGCAUAUGGGUGGAGGAGGCGGGCUGUGUCUGUAGUGAAAAUGAUGUGAAGUGAUGUGAUAUUUUUAAUUCCUGAAGAGUUUUGUUGUAAGUCACUCGACCCAGUGCCAGUAAGGCAGAGAUAUAGCUCGGAUGAAAUACAAAAUACUGUAACUUCAAAAUCCAAGAAAUUCAUCUGCUAACAGCUAUUCUCAUUUGGUGGGGGAGAAAAACUACAAAAGGUA